UGUUUCGCAAACUUUUAAUUGCAAACAGUGUCAUAACUUUUAGUUUAUUAUUAUUAUUAUUAUUAAAACCAUUGAUGAUCUAUGCUAUUAGUGAUUCACAAAAAUGUACAUACAAUCUAACCGAUGACCAUGGUACUAUAUUGAGUCCAAAUUAUCCGCAAAAAUAUCCGUCCCAUACACUAUGCCAAUGGUACAUAACUGUCCCCCGUGGACAGUACGCUCUGGUCAAGUUUCGUACGUUCAAUACGGAAGCCCUGCACGACUACCUAACUGUAUACGAUGGCCACUGGCCCCGACCCGAUCGAUUGUUGGCCAACUAUAGCGGUCUGGGCGAAGAUUAUGAUUUUAUUGAUGGUCCACCGCGUAAUAAUUUAUUAAAAAUAAAUUCAAUAAUCGGUACUGGCAACAAACUAUUAGUUAAAUUUCAAUCGGAUUAUGUAUUAGAUAGUUAUGGAUUCAAUAUAACCUAUGAAACAAUUAACCAAGGAUGUGGAUUAACAAUGGAUGAGAUUAGUGGUGUAUUACAUACUCCUGGUUAUCCCGAUCACUAUCCGUUUGCAUUGAAAUGUAAUUGGAAUAUUACGGUUCAGCCGGGUAAAUGUAUCAUGAUCGAAUUUACCGAUUUCGAUACGGAAAUCAACUAUGAUCAUUUGGUUAUACACGACGGUUUCGAUUGGAACAGUAGCUAUAUUACCUAUACGGGUAAUAAAGUACCGCCCACUGUAAUAUUUGUGACCAAUCAUAUACAGCUAAAAUUUUCAAGCGAUCACAAUAAACCGGGUCGUGGAUUUCGAUUGACUUAUCAGGCUAUUGAUCUAAGUACUAUGUUCGAAAAUGAAAUAUCUGAGGCAUUACAAUACAAUGACAAUACAAUCGAUAAUAAUAAUAAUACUAGAGUUAAAUUGGAUCCGUUUGUCUGGAUCAGUUUGACAUUGAAUGGCCUAUUGAUAAUUAUAAUUAUCGUAUUGGUGCACAGAUCACGUGCCAGAUACAAUAGUCUAGCUAAUAAUAUAUUGAAAUCGCAUAUGACUAAUAUUAAUAAAUAUGAAUGUAUGGUAAACGAUGAUGAUGAUGAUGUCGAUAAUGGCAAUGCUAGCAAUGCUAAUAAUGCUAAUAAUAGAGAUUCUAUGACUGUCAAUACAAUCAACUAUAGUAGCAAUAAUAAUAAUAAUAAUAAUAUUAAUAAUUUUAAUGAUGAUAUCAAUGGUGAUGAUAAUAAUCAUUAUCAUAAUCAGUACAAUAAUGAUACUAAUGUUUUACUACAUAUUUAG